AUGGUCUGCUCGGCUGCCCCUGUGCUACUCCCGGCCAUUACUCUCCCUCUGGUGGGAUCACCACUUGUCCGAGAGUCCCAGCCUGGACAGGGUCAGGCUGUAGGGGAAUCAGGGCAGCAAUUGGACCAAGAACGUGGAGCAGGUGAAUCGGUCCUGGUCUCCGUCUAUGUACAGCUGUACUUUUCAAGUGAGCGCCAGCCGGCGGCACUCUCUGGGCCCAUGACUCUCCCCACCGCCUCGGCUUCCUCCGCCCCAGUAACUCUCACUGGCCUCAGCCUCACAGCCGAGUGCGAUGUCACCCACAAGGGGUGUAGCUACUGUGCUUGCCUCUCCGGGUACCAGUGGAACACCAGCGUCUGCUCCCAUCACCGGCCCUGCCAAACCCCCGUCAAGCGCCGGCCUUGUGGCUGCCUUGUCUUCGGCCCUGCUGAAGCCGGGUACUGCCAGCUGCUGCCACCUGUCCCCGCGGCCCUGAGCCUCAACUCCUGGCUUCAGACGCCUGGCGACACCCUGAACCUGACCCUCCUCACAAGCCAGGAAACCACCAACCUGAACUGGUUCCUGUGGCCCACAGGGAGCCCCAGCCCCAUCCUCCUGCGGGCAGAGUCACGUGUGUCCUUGACCUCCAGCCGGAACCGGGCUGUCCUCAGCAUUGUCAACAUGUCCCAUAAAUGGGCAGGUGAGUACUUAUGCUGCUUUGAGGCCCGGGGAUUCAGGUGGGAGCUGCACCAGAUGGUGAGGGUGCCCCUGCAGGUGACAGAUGUGGCUGGGCUCCCAGACCAGCUCUCCAUCUCCUGUGCCACCUCCCCUGGCUUCCAGCUGAGCUGCUGCAUCCCCAGUGCCCACCUGGGCUACACGGCUUCCUGGAGCCCCAGAGACGGCAACGAAGCCUCCUUAUUCAACACGCCGGACUCCCAGUGCUUCGUGCUGGCUGUUCAGCGCUGCCCUGCAGCCGACACUACGCACACUUGUGACCUGCAGAGCCCGGGACUGAGCCUUCUCAGGGUUGCCGUCUCUGUCACCGUCAUCCAGACUGGACAACACCGCCCUGAGGACUCUUCAACUAUUGCCUGGAACGUCACCAAGGCUGGCCAUGUGGCACAGGCCCCGUGUCCCGGGAAGAGGAGGGGCAUGGUGAAGAGGCCUUGUAGGCCUGAGGGGGGCUGGGGGCCCAUCCACAGCAGCUGCAUGGACAUGGGGCUCCUGGCCUUGCUUCUUAGAGCCUGGCUGCUGAGGGCAGGCCAGGGCUGGCCUGUGGACCAGGUACCACAGACCUUGGCUCAGCUGCUGGAGCAGGCAGUGGUGGUGACCCCACCCACCGACUCAUUGGCACUGGUGGCCACCAUGACAAUCCUGGCCAAGGUGGUAGCACAUUCCAGAAUACAGCUCAACGGCAGUGCCCUGGAGGCCACAAAUGAAACCUACAUCCCAGAACACAGCAAAGGAGGAAGUUAAGAUGCCAGGUGAGAAAGAAGCAUUCUUGGGAGCAGCGCGACCCGCGUGGAGUGAGGCCGAGUGUACAAAGGGCUUUCCAGCAAAGCUCUAAAAAGAAAACUCCUCUUCAUAUACCUGUCCCAACCUAAAGGGUGGAAAAAAGACUUCUUCAAGUAGACAUUUCUAGAGGGGCUGAAGAAGGUGGAGGCCUCGGAAAGCAGAUGGCGUAGCUCCCACUGCUUUUCCCAGAAAGCUGAAGGGAGUGUCACCACCACCAACCCUUGACUCAGUUCACUCUGAAAAUUCCCUUUCACACUAUCGAAUUUUUAAUUACCCUGAAAAACCAUUGUUUUGAAGGAACUGCCAUUGGUGGGUCCGGUGUCCAGAGGAGAGGGUAGCUUGCAGAGGCUUUAGGGCGAGGCUUUAGGGCGAGCUCUUUCACGGGGAAGACAGAAGCUCUGAGUGACCCACAGGCAGAGCCGUGUUCCUUCAAGGGUGUCGAGGGUGUGUCCUUGAAUCCAGGGAUGGGUCCUGGCCAAUCCUCUGAACCCUUUCCGCCUCCCAGAGCUCAGCCCUUGGGAAAGAUAGGCUUCUGUUUUCAUUAGUCACGCGCAUCUCUCUGGCAGCUUACCUGUUCCCCACCUGUGACUAUCCAAGCAAGAAAAGUAUGAAAAACUAACUAAAGCUACCUAAUGAAUAAGGCUGCCUUUGCUGUAAAAAAUAAUCAACAGAUAUCAAAGUUCAAAAUAAUUA